GCCUCAAGCGUUAACAGGCAUUAUUUAAGAGGCGAGGGCUCCUCAAUCUUACCUGCAGAUCCACAGACCCUCUCUCUCUCUCUCUCUGUUUGAGCUGUUAAGAGCCUCUCAACACUGCAACAAUGCCUCCUCCCGGCGUGUGUCUGAACAUCAUGGAUGCCCGUAACAAGCAAGAUGGCCAAGGGAGCGUCGCCAACCCUGUGAAGUUCUUCAACCAAGACUAUGAGCAGCUGCAACAGUACUGCAUCACUCGAGGAGUGAGGUACAUAGACGAGAUGUUCCCCCCACACAGGAACUCCAUCGGUUCAGGGAUACUGAGCCCCUCUAUGCUGAACAGUGUGGUGUGGCUUAGACCAGCGAAAAUUGCUCCUAAUCCUUCCUUCGUACUUGACGGGAUCUCCAGGUUUGACUUCGGUCAAGGAGAUCUUGGAAACUGCUGGUUUCUCGCAUCCAUCGGAGCUCUGACAUUCCAGACUCACGUCCUCGGGCAAGUUGUCCCUCUUGAGCAAACGUUUGGUGAGAACUACUGUGGGCUGUUCCACUUCAGGUUCUGGAGAUUUGGAAACUGGGUGGAUGUCGUCAUUGACGACAAGCUACCAACAAUCAAUGGGAGGCUCAUCUUUGUUCACUCCAAAAACCGCAAUGAGUUCUGGCCUGCUUUGCUGGAGAAAGCUUAUGCCAAGGUGUGUGGUUCCUAUGCCGACAUGAAUGCUGGAACUCUUGCGGAGGCCAUGGUGGACUUCACUGGUGGUGUUCACAUCUGUGUCCAGCUGUCAGACCCUCCUCCAAACCUGUGGGAGCUGUUGUGCAGAGCUGGUAAAUCCAGGUCACUGAUGGGCUGUGGUACACCUCAAGGGGCGACAUCUGCCAACACUGUAUUGCAGAACGGAUUGGUCCAGGGCCAUGCCUACACUAUCACGGGUGUGACACAGAUGGUGAGCUAUGGAAAACUAGUGAACCUGGUGCGUUUGUGGAACCCCUGGGGAAGAGGAGAGUGGCAGGGAGACUGGAGUGAUCGAUCAUCUCUGUGGAAUACCGUGAGCGCUCAAGACCGUGAAAUGUGCCUUUCUGUGGCCGAUGAUGGAGAGUUUUGGAUGACCCUGGAAGACCUCUGUAAAUUCUACUCAGAUCUCGACAUCUGCUCCCUGUGUCCCGACUUCCUUGACGGAAACUCCUCUUGUCAGUGGAAGACCUCCUCCCAUGAGGGCAGAUGGGUUGCAGGAACCACUGCUGGAGGAUGCAUGAAUAACAGAGAGAGUUUCUGGACUAAUCCACAGUAUCGGGUCAAGGUUGACGGUGAAAACUUGGCACCCGGUGAAAAAAACAUGCUGGUGUCUCUCAUGCAAAAGCCCGACAAAAGGAACAGACGCCUGGUCCAAAGUCUCCACAUUGGAUUCUGUAUAUUUGAGGUGACUGAACAAUACAAGGGGCAGAGCGGGAAGUUCCCCGCCUCUUUCUUCAGCAGCCGCUCACCUGUCGCCCAAACUAAAACCUUCUUGAACUCACGGGAGGUGAUGGAGUUCUUUGUGCUGAAGCCUGGUGAAUACCUGAUUGUGCCGUCCACCUUCAACCCCAACGAGACAGCCUCCUUCCUCCUGACCAUCCUCUCCAAAACGGAGACCCACGGCUAUGAAAACUCUGCUGAGCAUAAACAUGAGCCAGUUGAAGAGUAUACAAACAAAAUGGACAUAAAUGGACAGGAUGAUGACAAUAAGAAAGAUCUUUUCCAGCAGUUCUCAGACAAGUAUGACGAAGUGGAUGCUGAGCAGCUCCAGAGGCUUCUAAAUGACAAUAUCCUGAAAGGAGACUUGAAAUCUGGAGGCUUCAGCAUUGAUGCCUGUCGCAGCAUGGUGGCGCUGAUGGAUACAUCGAUCACCGGCAAGCUGAAUGGCGAGGAAUUCGUUCGUUUGUGGAACAAGGUUGUCAGAUACAAGGACAUUUUCUUCUCCACUGAUGUUUCUCGGACAGGAACGCUGUCUCUGAGCGAGCUGAGGAAUGCAUUCAUAGCUUCAGGAAUGAGGGUCAGCGAUGACUUGCUCAAUUUGAUGGCUCUGCGCUACAGCUCCAACUCUAGACACAUGACGUUGGAGAGCUUCAUCAGUCUCAUCCUUCGCCUGGACUGCAUGUACAAAAUCUUCAAGCAACUGUCUGACGGAAAAGCCAUGAAUCUUCGCGAGUCAGAGUGGAUUUACAUUUCAAUGUACACGUAACCUAACAAGCUGGAUGGACUGCACAAUGCAUCCGGGGAUACAGGAGUGGAUACUUCAAAAGAACGUUUCCUUGUCUUUGGCCAAAUUGCACCAUAAAUAUAAGAUGUACUCCUCUUCAAACAAGCUAUUACACAGCAUGAACUGUAAAUGAAGGAUGUUUUCUUUUUAGACUGAAGAUCUUAUUGAUUGUUGUUGAAUGGUAGGCUGAGUUGCUGAUUUUUUGUAUUGCUAGUCGAACUAUGAUGUAGGCUUGUCAUUUCAAUCUGUGAUUUACCAAAUGAAGACAUUAUACAAACACAUUUCAGAUUUCAUUUUUAGCGACAAACCAUUUUCUGCACUUUUGAA